GUGGAGACGGCCAUGAGCGGGUUCGGUACCGUCAUGUUCUCGAAUGUUCUAGGGCCAGCCAAGCAUGGCAUUUCCCGUGUCGGAGGGCGAGACCAUGCAGAGCGUGAGUUUCGUCCGGGUCGACUGACGCAAGCGCACCGCCACAUAGUCCAGAUACUCGAGCAGUGCGUUCUCGCGGAUGUCAUCAAGACGAGGAUGUGCACUCCAGGCCACACUUCGCCAACAAGCGUGACCCCGACCACGACGGUAUACCGUACCUUCCCGGUGUGCCACGCUUUUUUCGAAAAGGCGUUGCUGGGAAGUAUGGCGGCGGCGACCAAACGUUGGACGUCAUCCGCGACAUGUUGUAGGAGAGCUUCAUGCAGAUCGGCUUAGAAUGCGCAUGGGCGAUCCCCUCCGCCGAGAGUACUGAUCAGCAGGACGACGUUAAGCGCCACCUCAAGCCGUGCUUAUUCGAGGACGAGGGUCUGGAGGUGGCGAAGGUGAACCCGGGGUGGAUAAUGAUGGGGGCGGAGGGGAAGCUAAAGAUGGAGACGGGGAUCGCUCUUCAUCUCCAACCUAGAUAGAUAGGCGAUGGUCCUGACGAGGACGCUGGCCCCAAAGCCUUGGCGGGCGCCUCAACCGUGUUGACAAGGCGCAGUCGCCGGGAUCUCCGCUUCAACGCCGUUCGACGCGUUUUCCCGGUCCUCUCUUCCACAACGGGCCGUAGUGUUGAAGGAGAAGGCGGAAAAAUUUCCUCCCCGUUCGCAAUGGCUCAUGUUUGCGU